AUGCCGUGGUUCCCGGUGAAGAAGGUCCGCAAACAGAUGAAGCUGCUGCUGCUGCUGCUGCUGCUCACCUGCGCCGCGUGGCUCACGUACGUGCACCUGAGCCUGGCGCGCCAGGGCCGCGCGCUGCGCCAGCGGCCGGGCUACGGGCGAGACGGCGAGAAGCUGACCAGUGUGACUGACGGCCAGGGUGUCCGGGCCGCACCGUCCACACAGAGGGCUGAAGACUCCAGCGAGAGUCUGGAGGAGGAGCAGGCGCCCGAAGGCCAGGACCCAAACAUGCUGUUUCUGGCGGCAGCUGGGAGGCCGCCCCCCCUGAACCUCACCCGUCAGACACCCCCAUGGCGGGAGGAGUACAAGGGGCAGGUGAACCUGCACGUGUUCGAGGACUGGUGUGGGGGCGCCGUGGGCCACCUGAGAAGGAAUCUGCACUUCCCGCUGUUCCCUCACAUUCGCACCACCGUGAAGAAGUUGGCCGUGUCCCCCAAGUGGAAGAACUAUGGGCUCCGGAUUUUCGGCUUCAUCCACCCAGCGAGAGAUGGCGACGUCCAGUUCUCGGUGGCUUCAGAUGACAACUCUGAGUUCUGGCUGAGCCCGGACGAGAGCCCGGUGGCCGCUCAGCUUGUGGCCUUUGUGGGCAAGACCGGCUCUGAGUGGACGGCACCUGGAGAAUUCACCAAGUUCAGCUCCCAGGUGUCCAAGCCCAGGCGGCUCAUGGCCUCCCGGAGGUACUACUUCGAGGUGCUGCACAAGCAGGACGACCGAGGCUCGGACCACGUGGAAGUGGGUUGGCGCGCUUUCCUGCCCGGCCUGAAGUUCGAGGUCAUUGGCUCUGCGCACAUCUCCCUGUACACAGACGAGUCCACCCUGAAGAUGGACCACGUGGCCCAUGUCCCCCAGUCUCCAGCCAGCCACGUGGGCGGGCAUCUGCCGCAGGAGGAGCCCAGCGUAGACAUGCUGCGGCCAGACCCCAGGGAUACCUUCUUCCUCACUCCUCGGAUGGAGCCCUCGAGCCUGGAGGACGUGCUGGAGCCCUGCGCCUAUGCCCCCACCUACGUGGUCAAGGACUUCCCCAUCGCCAGAUACCAGGGACUGCAAUUUGUGUACCUCUCCUUCGUUUACCCCAACGACCACACCCGCCUCACUCACAUGGAGACGGACAACAAGUGCUUCUACCGCGAGUCUCCACUGUACCUGGAAAGGUUUGGGUUCUAUAAAUACAUGAAGAUGGACGAGGAGGAGGGGGAGGAAGAUGACGAGGAGGAGGUGCAGCGCAGAGCCUUCCUCUUCCUCAACCCUGAUGACUUCCUGGACGAGGGGGAGCUGCUCGACAGUCUGGAGCUGACGGAGCCGUCCCCACCGCAGAGCGGCCGCCUGUCCCCCGCUCCUGUGGCCCCCACUGAGGCCAGAGCCACCCCUGCCCAGCCAGCACCUCCCAGCCCCCAGGACGAGCGGGACCGGCGGCACUCCCGGGCCCUGAGCUGGGCUGCCCGGGCCACCCGCACCUUGCCUCUCUUCUUGGGCCGAGCUCCGCCCCCCCGCCGGCCUGCAGCCCAGCAGCCACCUCCAAAGGUGUAUGUGACCAGGGUGCGGCCAGGACAGCGGGCAUCCCCCCAGGCCCCUGCGCCGCGCAGCCGGCGCUGGUCUCACUUCCCUGGCACCUUCCUGCGCCCCAGGCCUCUGCCCAGAGUUCAGCUGCGGGCGCCCCCGCGCCCACCCCGGCCCCAAGGCCGCAGGACCGGCGGCCCCCAGGCCCCACGGCUGCGACCCCCAGCCCGGGUACAGGCCUCCCAGGAGGGCUGGGAGGGCCAGGCAGGCACGCUGGGACCCGUGGUGCCCACAGUGGACUCGAACUCCUCGUCUGAAACACGGCCUGUGACCUCCUUCCUGAGCUUGUCCCAGGUGUCCAGGCCACAGCUGCCCGGGGAGGGCGAGGAGGAAGAGGAAGGGGAGGAUGAUGGGGCCCCCGGCGACGAGGCUGCGUCAGAGGACAGUGAGGAGGCUGCUGGCCGGCCCCUCGGCCGCUGGCGGGAAGACGCCAUUGACUGGCAGCGCACGUUCAGCGUGGGCGCCGUGGACUUCGAGCUGCUGCGCUCCGACUGGAACGACCUGCGAUGCAACGUGUCUGGGAACCUGCAGCUGCCUGAGGCUGAGGCCGUGGACGUGGUGGCCCAGUACAUGGAGCGGCUCAACGCUCGCCAUGGAGGGCGCUUUGCGCUUCUGCGCAUCGUGAACGUGGAGAAGCGCCGGGACUCCGCGCGGGGGAGCCGCUUCCUGCUGGAGCUGGAGCUGCAGGAGCGCGGGGGCGGCCGCCUGCGCCUGUCCGAGUACGUUUUCCUGCGACUGCCUGGGGCCCGCGUCGGGGACGCGGAGGGAGAAAGUCCCGAGCCCAUGCCCGCCGCCUCCGCGCGCCCCGACGGCCACCCGGAGCUCUGCCGGCCACUGCGCCUGGCCUGGCGCCAGGACGUGAUGGUGCACUUCAUCGUGCCAGUGAAGAACCAGGCGCGCUGGGUGGCACAGUUCCUGGCGGACAUGGCCGCGCUGCACGCGCGCACCGGGGACGCGCACUUCAGCGUGGUCCUGGUGGAUUUCGAGAGCGAGGACAUGGAUGUGGAGCGGGCCCUGCGCGCGGCACGGCUGCCCCGGUACCAGUACCUGAGGCGAACUGGAAACUUCGAGCGCUCCGCCGGGCUGCAAGCUGGAGUGGACUCGGUGGAGGACGCCAGCAGCAUCGUUUUCCUCUGCGACUUGCACAUCCACUUCCCGCCCGGCAUCUUGGACGGCAUCCGCAAGCACUGCGUGGAGGGCAGGCUGGCCUUCGCACCCGUGGUCAUGCGCCUGGGCUGCGGGAGCUCCCCGGCGGACCCGCACGGCUACUGGGAGGUGAACGGCUUUGGCCUCUUCGGGAUUUACAAGUCAGACUUUGACCGGGUUGGAGGAAUGAACACUGAGGAGUUCCGAGACCGGUGGGGGGGCGAGGACUGGGAGCUGCUGGACAGGGUCCUGCAGGCAGGGCUGGAGGUGGAGCGGCUCCGACUGCGUAACUUCUAUCACUACUUCCACUCCAGGAGAGGCAUGUGGGGCACACGCAGCAGGGGGGGGGCCCGUGAGGCUGGAUCCUGAAGACAGGUGACCCCUCCUGACCGGCUAGAUUCCUGGGGCUGCUCUGAGCCCCGACCCAGGGCCCCGGCAGGGCUCACCCUAGGGGCGCAGCCACCACCUGUGCCCACCCCUCUCUGGCCUUCCGGGGGCCCCCUGCUCCACGCCCCUCCCCAGAGAGGCAGCCUUCACAGCAGGUGGGGGCCUGGCCUUGGUCCCCACACUCCGCGAUGAUUUCUGUGAAAUUUUGCCGUAGCGAUGACAUUGUUUUCAGGAUUUCCGAGAGUUCUGUCUGUUCCGUUUUUUAUUCAGAAUGAAAUGAAAUAUUUUUUUUAGUUCUGA